CGCCCCCCCCCCCCCCCCUCCUCCCCUCUUUCCUCGGCAUGACCGCCCAGAGGCGCUGCCCUCGCCAGGGCAUCAAGCGUGUGGUCAAGAAGGCACAGCCCGGCCUCAAGCUCGGCGCCAACACUGACCUCCUGAUCUACCUGAACUACAUCGUCUUCAUCCGGCGCCUGGCGGCACAAGCCGCCUCGGAGGCCCAGACCAGUGGCCUGCGAAAAAUCGACGUCGAUACCCUGCAAAAUGCCCUGGAGGAUCUCUAA